AUGAAUCUGAUACCAAAUGUAUGUAUUUGCUUGGAAUUAAAAACCACCAUAAUUGGACUGGGAAAGUGGAUCACAUCCAGCGAGUUAAAUUGUGAGACCUUGUUCAGAAGUACAUACGACAUGUAUGCUGAAGAUAUCACUUUUGUUUUUGUUUCCUCUGAUUGCAAAAAGUGUCUGGAAGGUCAUAUUCUCAUCAAUUCAGAACACCCAGGAAUGUGCAGUUCACGUUUUUGGAGCCCAGCAGCGGAAACGAGGUAUCUGAUUCAUGAUGUUGCUUUCGUCGCAGGCCAUACAUCCGUUCUAACUGUCGACUUUCACAAGUUCAGCAUGGUCAGCAUGCUGGUGCUCUCAAAUUCAAGAUCUACUGCAGAAAUGUGCAACUGUGAACCAUACAGCUUAAGUCAACACAUUCCGUCACAUGACCGCGCCGUUGGCUACCGGACGGCCAGCUACAUUUCAGCGAAUUUCCAAACCGGUCGCAACAAUUAUGAAGCUCGAACAUCCGUCUUACCAAAAGCUCGACGGCAUUCUGAGUUAACCGAGGAUACAGCUCGGUUGCAAGUAUAA